AUUCUGCUUUGGAGAAACAACAUCCCUAUCAUGAUCGAGGUCAUGCUGUUGCCAGACUGUUGCUAUGGUGAUGAGUGUCCCCCAAGUGACCCAAUCAGUGACCCAGUCAUCAAACAAGAUGCUUUGCUGUUGGAGAGGUGGACCCUACAGCCUGUUCCAAGACAAAGCGGCGAUCGUUUCAUUGAAGAGAAAACUCUGCUGUUAGCUGUACGAUCCUACGUCUUCUUCUCCCAGCUCAGCGCCUGGCUCAGCGCCUCCCAUGGCAUCGUCCCCAGGAACAUCAUGUACAGGAUCAGUGCUGCUGACGAAGAUCUGGUGUGGCAGUUUUCCCAGCCUGCAUCCGAGCACAUAUUUCCCGUCCCCAACGUCUCCCAGAGCGUUGCCCUGCAGGUCCGCGUCCAGUCACUCCCCCGCCAGCCCACCUACCCCACCCUGGCCUGUAGCAUCCACACCGGCCUUCCUCCCAUCUACAGCAAGACCCCCAGCCUCAGCCCCACCCUUGGCAGCCACGGUGGCCUGCCCACUCUGAAGAAGAGACAGGAGCCUGGCAAAGACAACCUCCAUCCCAACUCCAACAUGUACGGCAAGAGCUCCAACUCCACGUCUAGCCUUCUACUCAACGGACUGCCCAUCCCUAAUCUGCCCAUCAACAACAUCCCGAUCAACAGCCUUGCUCACACCGCCAUGUCACAUCCAUACAGCAAGAAGAGCCAGGAGCCUGGAGAGAACCACAUGUUUCACAACGGAGAGCUCCCGCAGGUCAACAUCCCCCAGCGGCAGGGCUCGCCACUCUUCUACCGACCCGCCCGCUCCCCCACGCCUUCACGCUCCAACUCCCCCUCCCCACUUACCUCGGGUAAAGCGGGGAAGUGGUUGUACACGGCGCUCAACGGUUCAUCCGAUCCCACCCCAGUGGACGACUACACCUGUGGCACCAGCAACACCGACCAGUCCAAGGCUCCCAUCCCAGAGCCUCUAAGAAGUUUCAAGAACUUGUCCAUGGCCGAGUCGUCCCGGUGCCCCUCCCCCAGGCCUUCCGGAAGCGAAACCAAUCCCCUCAUUGGCUCCCUGCUGCAGGAGCGACAGGAAGUCAUAGCUCGAAUCGCACAAAGGCUCAACUUCUGCGACCCGACAGCACCGCCACUUCCCCCAGGCCUGUUUGCCACCGACAGCCCUCAUAAAGCCAUGUGGAGCGGCAAUCACGAUGACAAAGCCGCCGGUAAGACCAAAGAACCUGAGACGCGCCCUUACGAGUCGGUGGGACGCGCUAAGCCCGCACCGUUUAGUACCCCUGUGACAGAGACAUCACGCUUUAUCAAGCGGGAGAGCUCCUCCCCGAAACCCGCUGCCUGCAGGAAACUUAGGAUGGCAGAGGCAGAGGAGUGGAACGGAGAAGUGACGGACAGAGACAAGGAGAACGAUCGGGACAGCUCGCUCAUUGCCCAGGCGGUGCAAGACAUCACCAGGCUCAUCCAGGAGAGGCUGGCCGUCCCGCCUUCGUCCCCCCGGCACAGCCGCAGCACCAGCCCGCUGCACCACCACGUGCACAUGACCACAAUCACACACACCGUGCGCACGUACUCUCACCCCCCACCAGCCAGCAACGGCUGCGCCAAUGGCCAUGUACCCAGCCACGAACCUCAAAGAGACGGUACGCACAACGCUGCCUCUCACUCGCCCGUUUGCACAGACAAGCACCAAGGCGGACCGCGGGCCCAAAACGGUGCUCAGUUUACACUUGAAGAGACCUCACUCAAUGGCCAGGCCGACACCCGGGCACCCUGCCGUUUACGUGCUUCCCCGCAGGAGAAGCUCCCAGUCAGGACACCCAGCAGCCAUGACACCCCGCCUCCCUCCCCUGUCCUGGAGAACAAACCAAGAAAUGCCCAGAUGUUCAGCUGGAACAACCACAGCGCCAGCCCAGCCUCAAACUGUUACAGAAUCCAUGACAACAGCAAGCAUCAGACUCUGCACCAGAACGGCAUGCAAGCUCAGGCGUCUGCUCUGCGGGACGAGAACCAGGCGCCCUCAGAGUGUGACUCCUUCGCAUCCAGUCCAGAAAUGACUCCAUCACCCUCAAUCCUCCGUCCUCACAGCCCCUCCCCCCUGCGUCCCUGCAACAGCUGGAAGAAACAGAAUCGCCACUCUUUGGACGCCACGGCAACGAAGGCCUUCCACCCCUGCACCGGCCUGCCUCUGCUCUCCAGCCCCGUUCCUCAGAGGAAAAAUCAAACAGGUUACUUUGACCUGGACAUCUCUCUGACUGGCUGUAAGGGUUUGCCUUGGGCCUCUGGGAAAAGGGUGUGUCCAAAGACAGAUGAGAACACCGAUGAGUCACAUCAGCUGUUCAGCGCCAGCGCUCCUCCUGCCAGUCUAAGCCUGCUGGGAAACUUUGAGGAGUGUGUGUUGAACUAUCGACUUGAGCCUUUAGGGACAGUAGAAGGUUUCACAGCAGAGGUGGGAGCCAGCGGCUCUUUCUGCCCAAGUCACCUGACCCUGCCGGUAGACGUGUCAUUCUACAGCGUCUCCGAUGACAACGCUCCCUCCCCAUACAUGGGUGUGAUUAACCUGGAGUCCCUGGGAAAAAGGGGCUACCGUGUACCUGCAUCAGGAACCAUUCAAGUGACCUUAUUCAACCCUAACAAGACAGUGGUGAAGAUGUUUGUUGUGAUGUACGACCUAAGAGCCAUGCCAGCUGGACACCAGACCUUCCUACGCCAGAGAACCUUUUCUGUUCCCGUUCGCCGCGACGCCAACAAUCAGACCAACAGGAAGCCCCUCAUUCCGGGCCAAGGCCGCACGCUGCGCUACCUCAUCCAUCUGAGGUUCCAGAGCUCAAAGUCUGGAAAGCUCUACCUUCAUAGAGACAUCCGUCUGUUGUUCUCCAGGAAGUCCAUGGAGGUGGACAGCGGUGCUGCCUACGAGCUCCAGUCCUUCACAGAAUCUCCCAUAGAUCCUUCAUUUUCUCCUCGCUGCUGAAGCCCAACGCUUCAUCCUUUCAUCUGACAGUCCAUUACUGAAACUUCAGCCACACCUCGAAGCCAGCACUAGACUCCAACUCACUCCAUCAGUCGGUUGUGUGACAUUUUUUUGUGAGAGAGAGAGAGAGAUGAGGUUGACCUGUAUCCGAAGACUUCAGUUCCAUCCUGUUCAUCGCCCAAUAAAAUGAAAAUAGGGUCGACAAGGAGCCUGAGAGACUCGUCAUAGAUACGCCUUGUUCUUUGUGAAUUGCACAUCCUUGGAACAGAGGGGUUUAGUAAGAAAGUUAGCUAUUGGAGGAGUUCAUGAUACUGUUCAAAAUGUUUUUUGUUUGUUUUGUUUUUUUGCCAUAUUAGAAUCAUAUCGUUUCUUCUUCUCCUGGAAUUUAAUGCAUCCCCUCUACUAUCUGGCUUUAAUUUAAUCAGAGAAGUUCAGGUCUUUUUUUUUUUCUCUGCUGGCACAAAUCAAAAUGUUGUUUUUCCUCUCAGAAUAAGUUCCAUUUUUGUUUAUGUUGUCUCUAAUUUCCUUCUAAUU